GUUAGUUGUUUUCAUUUAAGGAUUUAGUUCAUGAAAUUGUAAGGAAUCUUUAAUUUCUGAAAUCGUGAGAAGCGAGUGUCUCAUUUCCCAGUUUUGUGAGUUAAAAAUCCUUCACUACUUCUCACACCACGAACAAGCAGCAUCAGCAGCAACCUUUUCCAGCUCCGUCUGGAUACUUUCAUUCGACCCGGAUUUUGAAAAUGUGACGGUGUCAGGUGUUGAGUUUCAGUUUAGUACGUAGGCUCCAGUUAAAUUAGAGUUAAAUAUCAAGCUUCAAUUUUUGAGUACCACAUUUGCAUGUUUGCAUAGGGCAAUAUAUUUUUCGUCUCAUCUACAUCGUACCUCACUCACAUUUAGUACACUAAAGAAUGUUAAGCUGUUGAAAUUUUGUGAAUAAAGUACAAACAUUAAUAAAUCCUUUAACAAAACUACCGGUGCCAGAGGGAUCCCAGUCAAUAAGGACAUAAUCCAUCCAUUCAUCCGCGCCCUGUGAUAGUCAGUUCGUAUUUAAGAAAGCGGUUCAAACGCAAGUUUCUUAUUUCUUAUUUCAAGAUGAAGCCACUAAAUUCAUGGAUCACCACGGUCAGCGUUCUCGCAAUUGCAUUGUUGGCAGUGCAUCCUUCUCUAGCACAAGACCCGGAUGUUUCGUUAUUGGAAGCCGCUGUGGAAGUUUUCAGCGACAUAAAGGCUGCAUCAAACGGGACACAGCCCGACUACAACGGUCACAAUCAUCAUCUGAUGGGGACCGAUGAGUCAAAGCUCUCAUCUGACAGCAAAAAUGUGGCAGGAGAUGGACACAAGUCUGGAGGAGGCAAACCAGCGGAUUCGGGCGAUGCUGACCGCACCGCAACAAUUGCAGGAUCUUUGCUCAUGGUUUUUAUUGUCGGCGUGGGACUUAUCAUUGCCUUUGUUCUCAAUAUUUUCAAAAAGAAAAUGGAUGACCAGCUUCAUCUGGAGGUGUAAAUAGUUAGUAGUAGUAGUAAUAGAAUAAGUGUUUAUAAAAAUUCAACAAACGACAAAUUCUCAGUUCGAGCGGAAUGACAAGCUUAUUAAGCCUAUAAUUUUAAUUUUUAUUAUCGAGAAACAUGAAUUUAACUAUUGACGGUGAUCUGAUGAGGUAGAUAGAUAUGGGGUAAAAAAUACUUAAAAAUCUGUACCUUCAUGUUACAGAGUCAUGAAUAAGGAUAUUAAGUAGUAACAAUGAUUGUUAAAUUUAUACAAUAUCGUUUUAAAUAUGAAUUAAAAUAUAUAUACGGUAAACCCAAA